AUGGCCCGCGCCACAGCCGGAGAACAGAAUGUGGAUCAUUCGGCUCAACGUCAUGGAAUUAGCAUAUUCCAAUUCGAGACGGGCCACACUGCUGUGAAGGUCCCCAAGAAGAGAGGACGGCCUCGAAGGAGUACCCCUCACCCAGCGAAAGAUGAGCUAUCAGGUAUACAAGGCGCCUUUGACUUUGUUCAAAUGGACGGCCAGUCUAAGAUCACCGAUAAAGAUGCCCGCAGGAUGAUCCGUAGAAGGGCGAUGAUAAAUCAUAUGCAAUCGAAGAAGCGCAAGCAGCGUGACAGUGAUAGAAAGAAUGACAGCGACAAGGACACUUAUAGUCGAUAUUCUCCUCCACCGGAAAUCGCCGGGGCAGAUCCCUUUAACGACUUCUCGAUUGAUAUGGACCCUUCUAUGCACGAACUGUUUAAAUUCUGUCUUACGACUGGCUGGAAGGCAUUUUACACGGUUGAAAAGUACACUUCGGUGAACCCAAUGAAGCAGUUCUGGCUCGAGAUGGCACUAAAAGACAGGGCCUUCUUUCAUACCCUGCUCGGUUGCACAUGCUCAUAUGGAUCACCGAAGGGCCGGAAGCGCAACAGUCUGGCAACGAUCAAGCAUCUAAAUGCAGCAAUAUCCAUCGUUAAUAAGCGUAUCAAGCGCGAUGAGAUACCUUCCGAUACUACUCUCGUGGUAGUUGCUACGAUGGCUUGUGUUGAGAAGAACCGAGGGGCACAUGAGAACUGGGAGGUCCACAUGAAGGGUCUCAGGCAGCUUGUUGACUUGCGUGGCGGACUAAGUGCUCUCGAGUCUCAGCCACUUGUGAUGAAUAAGCUUCACCGAGCUGAUCUCUGUGGCUCGCUGGAUGCUGUUCAGCCCCCAUACUUCUCAAACGGAGGUAUCGCAUCGAGCACAGUUGUCAGCAGCAAUCCUCAUAGCAAAGGAUUCGAGGCGGUAGACUCAUCAACACCUCUGAAUAUUAAGCUGUGGCAAUCUCUUGGGAGCUUAAGUGAUGCCAUGAGCAUUAAGAAGACGCUCAGCAAAACACGGGAUUGGGCCGAUGCAGCCACUGUCCGCCACCUGGUCACGACAACCCAGUAUACACUUCUGUCCGUGGAGUUCUCGGACUUGGCUAACGAAGCCUGCCGACUGGCUCUUAUUAUGUUUUCGUUGAUGAUUGUCAAUGAAGAGCCCGCUUAUCUCGUCUAUGACAUGCUAGCGAGCAGACUCUGGCGGCUUUAUGAAAGCCAUCCUGGAGCAUCGGGGUCACUCCAGACGGGCACCCUGCCGCACCUGCCGCCUGAUCUCAGACUGUGGAUCUUUCUACUUGCUUCAGCUUGUACUGCAGACGAGAACCUUAAGCAGAACUUUGCUACAGUAUUUAUAGAAGCGGCCUCGGAAUUGGGAGUACAGGAAUGGGCCGGCGUGGCGGAAGUUCUGAGGAACCUGUUGUGGGAUGAAGCUCUGGAUCAGGGGAAACUCCUAACUAUCUGGGCUGAUGCCGUGAAUAGAUUGCCUGCGUGUACUUGGCCUUGUGCGACUACCGUGAAGGUUGAUUGA